CCGGAAACCCCCAAUUGUCAUUUCCGCCGUAUCUUCUUCCGCUAACAGCUAACUAGCUAUCGUUGCACCGCACCGGGACCUGAAAAGCAAUCAACACCAACUUGUUUGCAGUUUUGCAUUCUCAAAAAAACCAGACACUGUCUGCAGUCAGCACAAACAUGUCGCACACUAUUUUGCUUGUCCAACCGACCAAGAGACCUGAGGGCCGCACAUACGCUGACUAUGAGUCAGUGAAUGAAUGUAUGGAAGGUGUUUGCAAAAUGUAUGAAGAGCAUCUUAAGAGGAUGAAUCCAAACAGUCCCUCCAUCACUUAUGACAUUAGCCAGUUGUUUGACUUUAUUGACGACUUGGCAGAUCUGAGCUGUCUUGUGUACAGAGCAGACACUCAAACGUACCAACCCUACAACAAAGACUGGAUCAAGGAGAAGAUAUAUGUCCUGCUGCGGCGUCAGGCUCAGCAGGCAGGAAAGUAAAGGCAUCGGUGAGGAGUUGUCCUGCUACACACACUUGGAAGGAGUUUAUGCUGCACUGUAUUUCCACAGCAUCUUGAAGAUCUGUGUUUACGGACAACAUUGUCAAUUUGACAAGGGAAGGGUUUACAUAUUUUGCGCUACAUGGGGAAAGGAAGGGGUUUAAAAACUAGGGGAAAGUGAAAAAAUUGGGGCUUUAUAUAGAAAUGGAGUCAUGCUCUGCCGCAUACAUGUUUGUAAUUUGUUACACUAAGAUCAGAGUGGGGCUGCAAGGACUAACUUAUUGAUGGAGAGGGAUCCAUGUUUGGAGAAGUGCCCCACAGGCGCGAUACUUGUUUUUUUUUUUGUCAAAUUUUUAGUAGUGUGCUUUUAGUUUCUUUAAAAGUUAUGUGAUUUUUUUUUUUAUACACAUUUACUGGGCAGUUGGAUGUGAGCAUGCUGUGGAUUAUGAAUGCAGGUGAUUUAUUUUUUUGAAUGAGUUAAAUGUCUGACCCGUUAAUGUAACUGAACCAAGAAGACCUAUUUUCCAUCAACUGUUAUUACUGUUGUUACUCUGUUGUACCAUCAUUAUGUACAAUGUUGUUCGUGUAAAUGUUUUGUUUUGCAAAGCAUCCCGUUUCAACUAUCCCAGUUUAUGUAUUAUUUGAUUUAAACAAAAAUAAACUAUUGUUUUCUGA